UGUCAAUAGCGAUACCUCCUCCUAGAUCCCGACGAAAGGUAUCUUCUCGCUCACAAGGAGUUUCCGAAACAUCAUCAGCACGGUAAAUGUAAUCAUCUCAAACCCCCAAUUUCAAUUUCUCACUAUUUAUUUGUUUCAAUCAAUAGCUUUCAGUAAACCCUAAUUUCAAUUUAGGGUUCAGUAAACACAGUUCAUUUCAUAGGAUACUACAAGUAGUGUUGAUUUCGCUAAUAGUCGUAAGAUGUCUCAACGAAUCCGCCGUGUACUUAAUGUAGCUGAAAAGCCCUCAGUAGCAAAAGCAGUAUCAGAGAUUUUAUCAUUUCCAAGACAACCUAGCAAGAGAGAAGGUCGAUCACGUUAUAAUAAGAUAUAUGAGUUCGAGUAUACGAUUUGUGGGCAGCUAUGUCAUAUGUCUUUCACAUCUGUUACAGGGCAUUUAAUGGAAAUGGAUUUUGAGGAAAGGUAUAGGAAAUGGGGGUCAUGUGACCCUGUUAAUCUUUACGAGCUUCCGAUUCGUAAGUUUGUUCCCGAUGAUAAGCUGGAUAUUAAGAGAACAUUGGAAGAAGAAGCUAGACGCUGUGAUUGGCUUAUACUGUGGCUUGAUUGUGAUAGAGAAGGAGAGAAUAUUGCAUAUGAAGUUAUUGAUGUUUGUACUGCUGUAAAUAAUAGACUUCAGAUAUCGCGUGCAAAAUUCUCUGCUCUCAUUGUUGAUUAUAUCGAACGCGCGGUGCAGAAUCUUGUACAGCCUAAUAAAAAUAUGGCUGAUGCUGUGGAUGCUAGGCAAGAGAUUGAUCUCCGGAUCGGUGCAUCAUUUACUAGGUUUCAGACCAUAUUGUUGAAGGAUUCAUUUGUUAUUGAUGUAUAUGAUGGGAAUGAUGGUCGUAAUAUGGUUUUAAGUUAUGGUCCUUGUCAGUUCCCCACCUUAGGGUUUAUUGUGGAACGUCAUUGGGAGAUUCAAGCACAUGAACCCGAAGAGUUCUGGAUGAUCAAUUGUUCUCAUGCUUCUGAAGAUGGAACUUCUCAUUUCAAUUGGAUGCGUGGUCAUUUGUUCGAUUAUACCUCUGCUGUUAUUGCCUAUGAAAUGUGUGUGCAGGAACCGACUGCAACUGUAGUGAAUGUUAAGGAGCAACGGAAGUUUAAGAAUCCUCCACAUCCUUUGAAUACCAUUGAGCUUGAAAAACGUGCAUCUCGUUACUUCAGAAUGAGCUCUGAACAUACAAUGAAGGUGGCUGAAGAUCUCUACCAAGCUGGUUUCAUUAGUUAUCCUCGCACAGAAACAGAUUCAUUCUCUGAAAAGACUGAUUUGCGUGGGAUUGUGCAACAACAACAAGGGCAUCCUGUAUGGGGAACAUAUGCACAACAACUUCUGGAUCCUGGGACAGAGCUUUGGAGAAACCCUAGUAAUGGUGGACAUGAUGACAAAGCACAUCCACCUAUUCAUCCAACAAAAUUUUCUGCUGGGGAAUCAAAUUGGACUCAAGACCACCAUAGAGUGUAUGAGCUUGUCGUCCGCCAUUUCCUUGCCUGUGUAUCUCAACCUGCUGUGGGAGCUGAAACUGUUGUGCAAAUUGAUAUUGCGGGUGAAUUAUUUUCUACAACAGGGCGAAUGAUAAUAGCGAGGAACUAUUUAGAUGUUUACCGAUUCGAAAAUUGGGGAGGUUCUGUCAUCCCAAAAUACGUUUUCGGACAACAAUUUAUGCCGACAUCGUUGACUCUUGAUUCUGGUAUCACAAGGCCACCGCCUCUUUUAAGCGAAGCUGAUUUGUUGAACUGCAUGGACAAGGCAGGAAUUGGUACAGAUGCAACUAUGCAUGACCACAUAAAAAAGUUGCUCGAUAGGUGUUACGCUACGAAAGAUGCUAAUAUGCGGUUUUCUCCUACAACUCUUGGUGAGGCAUUAGUAAUGGGAUAUGAUGAUAUGGGAUACGAGCUGUGGAAACCCGACCUUAGAGCAAAAAUGGAACUUGGUAUGAAAGCAGUGAGUGAAGGGAGAAAAAGUAAAACUGAUGUGUUGAAGGAUUGUUUGGAGGAAAUGGAAACCUGUUUUAGGGAUGCAAGGUUAAAGAAAGAAGAACUUUUAAAAGCCAUGGGAAUCUUUUUUGAAAGGUCUAAUCGUGCUGGUGGAGUUGACCAACAUAUUGGUGGAGAAGUCGUUAGGCGUUGUCCUGCUUGCAAUGAAUCUGAUAUGGUACUGAGGCAGAAGCAAGAUGGUAACUUCAUGGUUGGAUGUUUAGGCUACCCACAGUGUAGGAAUGCUGUUUGGCUCCCAGGUUCCAUAUUAGAAGCAGCUGUUACCCCUCAAAUCUGUACCUCGUGUACGCCAGCUCCAGUUUUUAUGAUCCAAUUCAAGUUCCGUCGGAUGGAUAUACCACCAAACUUUGAUGCCAACCAUUUGGGUUGCAUUGGUGGCUGCGACGAUAUACUUAGACAAUUGAGAGAUAUUUGUGGAACAGGUUCGCGCAGCAGUGUUUCUAGUGCUCCAACUAGAGGGAAUGGUCGAACUGCAGCUUCUAACAAUACUCAAAGAUCUAACGCAACAACAAGUCAGGGCCCUGUUACAUGUAUGCACUGCAGGCAAACAGGACAUUCUUCAAAUGAGUGCCAAACCAGGAUGCCACGUCCCCAAGCUUCUCAGUCUCGCACGAGAAACCCUCAAAGAGGAGAAACUUCAGUAACCUGUGACAAAUGUGGAGCUCCAUGCCCUUUACGAGAGGCUAAUACAGAAAACAACAGGGGAAGAAAGUUUUAUUCAUGUCAAUCUCGUGAGUGCAACUUCUUUAAGUGGGCUGAUAGUGUCGAUACAAGAGCUGGUACAGAAGAUUUUGGCAGCAGUCGAUCAGCAUCAUCUAAUACGUCCUCAGCCGCAAGGAGGGGUGGUCGGGGUCUUGGGCGUGGGCGUAACAGUGGCAGGGGUGGUAGCGGUAGUGGGGGUCGGACCAGCAGAGCAAGAGCUGCACCUACAGGUAAUAUGUUUGUGUCAGCAUCUGGUGAACCCAUAUCUAGAGGUAUAAGAUGUGUGUUUUGUGGUGAAUCGCACUCGGCUAGUGACUGUCCAACACGAGCCGUUAGAUAAAUUUUUUCCCCAUCAUUCUCAAGACUGUUGUGCCUGUGCCUGCUUCAUGGUUAUAUUUUGUAGCUUUCGUUGCUAGGGUGAUGGAAGCAUUGUCAGACUGUUGCUGUCUUUUAAUCUUACUUACUGUUGCAGUAGUUUGUUGCUUUAUAAAUAGAACCUUAGAAAUCUCUCUCAAUCUUUUAUCCUUGUUUUUCAUAACCAUAAUCAAAAUCAAACUACUAGCAACACAGAUAUGAAUUAGUAACUAUUCAUGAGUAAAAACUUCAGCAAACACUAAUAUAUAUAUUUUUCAAUAUAGUACAAGUUUUUCCAUAUGAAUGGAAGUGUUCUUGAUCUACACAGUUAAGCCAAGAAAUACUCAACUAUACCAUCUAUAUAUUGUGGUUUAACAAUCACGAAAGCUCAAAAAAGGAAGAAGAAUGAAACGAAUAAGUCAGGAAGUUAAAACAUGUCAUUUGUUACAAACCUGUUUUGUUUUAGAGGAUAUUACAUUCCUAAAUCAGCACAACCCUCCAUUAGAAUCCAAUGAAAAACAGAAAUACAAGCCAUACAUAAUACACAAGUAAAAGACACCCCGGAAAAAAGAAAAAAAAAAUAGAAGAAGAAGAAGAA